UCUCUCUCUCUCUCUCUCUCUCUCUCUCUCUCUCUCUCUCUCUCUCUCUCUUCCUCGAAGACGAAGGCUCAUCUCCGAUGCCGUCACCGUGUCACGUCGAGACAGAAUGCUGGUUCAACCGUCGUCGCUUCGAAGCAGCAGUCCGAAUCUUCGACGAUGAUUCAAGGGACUCCUCGAUCUUGGGAACGUUUUCUCGCGGGUGUCCUCGGGAUCGUUCCCCUUGCCCUCCAAAUCGUCGUGGUUGUGUGUGAGAGUGUGUUCUGCUGUUCCCGGCAAGUUUCGUCGGUCACGGCGGAAUCCACCUUCUUUUCUGGCCGCUCGCUAGUCCUAUGAACUCUCAGUGGGGAUGAAGCGCGUGUCGCGAGGGCGAGAGGAAGCGGACGCGGAGCAUUACCAAGCCCCAUCCUCGCUAAUGGAACGCUCUCGUCGAGAGUGCCACCACCUCGCGCGGGCUGGGCAGUGCGGAUUACCGAGGCGACACUUAUCCCAACGUCAAAUCAGCGUCCAUCGGGUCCAGAUACACCGUCGACGACCGUCGAACGAUGGGCUAGCGAGCGGACGACACCGGUUUGGACGGGUAGUCGUGCCGCAGUAUCGUCACCGUCAUUGUCAGCAGCAGCAGCAGCAGCAACGGCAACGGCAACAAACGCAUCAGGAGGAUUGUUCUCCGCAGCGGAUCGAGGAGUCAGGGGACCAGCCAGCGUGGCUGGUGUCCGUCUUGAGCAACGGAUCGAGGAGAGGCAGGAGCUGGAGGCGACGAAGAAGGUGGAGCAUCAGCAGCAGCAGCAGCAGUGUCAGGAUCUUUGGCAGCGGCGUCAUCCGCAGACGCCAGCGAGCCCAGGAGUAGCUGGUCGUUUUGAACUGAGCGGUUGGCCGAUGUCGCGUAACAAUGCGAUACCGCCGCCCUCGCGGCCUCUUUUCUCGCGAACGAACAUUGCCGCGGGUGCGGUCGCCGACGGUUGUUUGGUCGCCGGCAACGAUGACUGUGUCGGCGUCGGCGAAAGCGCGGAUUCGCGGGUACACGAUCAUAGUCGACCGUUUCCGCCGCCGCGGUUACCGCUCGUACACGUGGCGACGUCGGUGCCGUCCGUUCCGCCGCCACCCCCGCCCCCGUCGGCGUCGAGCGCGAGGACUAUGUCGGCGCCCGGCACGCCUACGUUCCGGGUAGCGCCCCUCACUAUGCCUCUGACCCCAUUAUCGAGUUCCUUCCGGAGCAGGUCGUCCCUGCGUCGUCCGCAGAACGCGGACGCGUCGUCACCGGGCGACGCAAAUUCCAGGAGCCUGUUGUCGCCAUUGUCGACGGAUGCGACGACGAUCGCGUCGUCGCCGAGAAGUCCGGUCGGCGAAGUGACCCUCGCCGCGCCGCGACCGGACGGCGAGAGGACCAUCAACGAGUACGUCGAGGCGCCGUUCAAGCACUCGUGCUGCAAUCAGCAGGAUCGACACCUCGACACGGAUAACAAGACCGUCGGCGACUGUCUGAAGAACGAGAGGAGGCAUCAUCAUCACCAUCACCAUCACCAUCAUCACCAUCAUCGGGGUCACGAGGACGCGGUGGUGCCUACUCAUUGGACGCGCGGCCGCGCGAGGAAUCAGGGUUUACACAGCGCGGCAACCGACAUUUCUUCCGUCGUCCCGCUGGAGAACGCGGCGGCGGUGAAUGCCGUGACGAAACAGCCGGUGUCCUUCACGAAGGAGCCGGCCAAUACUCUCGGCACGAGGGACUCGACCAGCCUGUCCAUCAUAUGCGACUUCUGUCGAAGAUGCCGUUGCGAGUCGUGUCGGGAGCCACCCCCGCUACCCAGCAAGUGGCUCUGUAAUAACACGUGCCUCUGCUCGGCCGAGACCGUCCUGGACUACGCGUCCUGUUUGUGCUGCGUCAAGGGUCUCUUCUACCACUGCGUGGACGGUGGCAGCGGCGGCGCCGUCGCCGGCGAUGUAGAUGGCGAGGACGUGGCGACAAAUUGCGCGGACGAACCGUGUUCCUGCACCGGCAACCGCACGGCAUCCAGGUGGGCUUGUCUGGGCGCCCUCACACUUAUAAUGCCUUGUCUGUUGUGCUACUGGCCGCUCCGCGGCUGUGUCACCAUCUGCGAGGCAUGUCACACGCGUCACGCCGCGCAAGGUUGCCGAUGCAAUCCCAGUACGAUCAGCGGCAGGCAUCAUCCCAUCUCUAGCGACAUCGGGGACUCGAGGGAUCCGGAGAAGAGGCUGUUGGAUCCAGUCACGCCGGAGCUCUGAGCGAGGGAACUUGUCUGCCGGAGGAGUACGUCGCGUGUCCUCUAUGUGAUCGGUGAUCGGAUCGAGUUAGCCUGGAAACAGGAGAGACCGUUUUAACGGACGUGUCGGACAGCGUAUGUGUGUGCGUAUGUGUGUGUGUGUAUGCGUGCGUGCGCGCGUGUGCAUGCGCGCGCGUGUGUGCGUAUGUGUGUGUGUGUGUGUGUGAUGUGGGUGUGUGUGCGUGUGUGGGAUCAGAGGGAGCAAAAGUGAAUUGCAUCAAGUACAAGAGUUGCAUUUAAGUCGAGGAGAACAAUAUCGGAUCUUGACGAACCUGUACGUUUGACGUCGCGAAUGUCUUUAUUUAUUAUUCUUCCACGAACGAAAAGCGUGCGUGUGUGUGCGUGUUGGUGCGCGAAAAAGAGAGCGAGAACCUGUAUAUGAAAGAGAGAGAGAGAGAGGGGGGGAGAAAAGUAUGUAAAGGAGCGAGAACCUGUAUGUUUGUGUUUUGUGGGUUGCAUGCGCGUUGUGUGGCGAAAACGGUAGAGAAAAACGAGGUACGCGAAUUAAGCGUAUCGUCCAGACAUACCAUUUACGCAUAGAUAACUCUAUACAUAAUGAAUUAUACGCAUUGUACCACGCGCCGAGCGAAAUCGAACGAAUGGUAAUAUAUCCGGGGGUCCGUAGCGAAGGGAAGGGGGGGGGGGAAGUUGCAUACACAGAGAGAGUAAAUAAAAAAACUAAAAUAUAUUAUAUAUAUAAAUACAUAAAUAUAUAUAGAUAGAUAGAAAUGUAUAUUGUAUAUUACGUUUGUAUAAAGAACAAACUUUUCUACGGUUAAUUUAUUUGCGGCUGUAACGCUAAGUGUAUGGUUCAUGAUAGAGCGAAAGACAAUGAAUAGAACAAUGAAGGGAGCAUAAAGAGCAAAAUGUACCAAUGACGCGUGCACAUGGACCAAUAUGACUGCUGAGUGAGGACCGCGAUAAAAAUUUUCCGACGCUAGAAGGAAUAGCGAGCAGAAAAAGAGAGAGGAGGGGGGGGGGGGAGGGAGGGGGAAUUUGUGCGCUGUACGUCACGUGACACAUUUCGCGUAACAUUUACAGAUAGUGGCGUCGAAAGCGCGUUACAAAAGAGCCAUAUUGGUUGAAAAUAGAUUUAUAUCAAGAAGGUGGGGGGAGGGGGACGAGGGUACAGAUCGUGGCGAGAGGUCUCGCAUUUCCAUUUCGUUUUCUCCAGUAUUAUCUAGUCCUGCGUGCGUUCUUUUCUCAGUUAGCAUUUGUCUUUUAAGAAUGGGCCAUGCGGCGUGUACGCGCGGGAGUGGAGACGCGAGAAAGAGGGAGCCCUUUCCCCUCAUCCCCGUUCGCCGGCUCGGCGAUAAUUUCGUUUCGCUAUAAAUAGAGAUUGGAGAUCGGUAAAAUUGCAGCUGAAUUCGCAUUCGCUUACCUCGCCGAUAAAUCACAAACCAAGUUUUUUCUCUUUCUUUCUCUCGAGAAGCAUCAGAUAGCGCGACACGUAUGUGCGACUGGUGCGUGAUUUAACACUAGAAUCACCAAGUUUAAAAAAUUCAAACUGCUAUACACGUGUGAAAGUAUGAAUUUUUUAUCGAAAGCGUAAGAUUACUUGAAGAAAAUUCACAGUUUUGUGUUUUUCAUCAUUUUUGAGGAUCAAGAGAUGAAAGACGACAGUGUUGACAGCGAAAAGUACAACGAUUCUAGUGUUAAAUAAUAUUGUUGCGCGCCGGUGAUUUUUCUCCAUUUAAAACUCGUCUGCGCUGGUCGAUCGAUAGAAUAUUCGUAUACGACGACUGAUUCUCUUUCAGCGAUAUUCCUCGAAGGGAGUAGCCUCGCGCAAAUCGAAAGCAAUCGAUCCAAGUGGAAUUGCAUGGCUCGCAUGGUUUUAGCAUUUCAGCGCAAGACGUGGGUGUAUGAUUGUGUGUAAGCGAAUGUUCCGGAUGUAACUGGGCCGAUUGCAUGGAUAAAUAAUCAAAAAUGGACGAAGACCGAAUUGAGAAGCGAUGUCGUGCGGACUGAUGGGAGAGAAAGCACGCGAUUCAAGCAAACUAUCGUUGUAUGAUCUUAAUUUGACACACGCUUCCUCGAAGUGAAAUUAUCUGCAAUAGUGGGAAUAAAGUAAAAAAUUAUUCGCAUUACUCCACGUAAUUUUACUCCGAUUUCCAAUACGUCUUUUUCUUACUUUCAAUCUUGCUAUGAAAUAUUCUUCCAUAUUUUUUUUUUUGGUUCGAAUAUUUACAGAAGAUUGCGACGAAAUAUUGUAACUAGAAGAUUGUGCGAGGAUAGUUUGGUCGAUAUUAUCUGAGAAAAACAAUAUGUUCAUCCGAUCGAAACGUUGAGCAAAAAGUAUAUUUCGUAUAUAAGCAAACAUAUUUUGGAAUCAUACACAACUAGUAGCAAGUAGCACGUAAGUACGUGUAUGCGUGUACAUAAAUGAACGAGGGCGAUAGAAUCGUUUGCGAACGCAAUUUUUAUCUCGAACGAUAACUCGAUAUUCUCUCUCUCUCUCUCUCUCUCUUUCUCUCUCCUUCUUUUCUCUCUUCCUCUCUCUCUCGAUAACUCGCUCACCUUUCUUGCGAAGGGCGGGCGUUAAGACAACGAGAAUAAUAAGACCAGUACGGACGUGAUAGAGGAAGGAAAGCACGAAAGGAGCGUUAUGGCCUCAGUGUUGAACAUUGUUAGAAAACAUGAUGAGGUUUUUAAUGUACGACGAAUGUGACGAGAGAAAACCGAAUGUCGACGAUUAAUAGCCUUUUGUCGUUUCGCGAUUCGCAAGCCGUUAAUGAUAACAAUCAUUUUCAGAGAACGUUUCUUACAGAAUUCAAAGCGAGAAAGAAUGAACGAACGAAUGUCUCGAUCGACAUAAGCAUUCUUCGACAGAUUUUUAGGUCUCGAGCGACCAAUUUUAAUCAUAACUUAUCCGAUUCUAUUUUUUUUUUUUCUUUUCGAUUUUAACUCAAUCUACUUUUAGAUAAAUCGAGAUUUAUAUAUUAGGCAUAACAAUGUAAUAUUCUAUCUCACGUUUCUUUUUUUCCUUUAAUGUGCGUUGAUCGGGGAGAUGAACGAGAUUUAUGUUCGACCCGAUUCGAAACCGCGAUCCAAGCAUAGACGUUCGAGGACAAUGUGAUUGCGCACCGAUCGACUAGCGAAACCGUGAAAGCAUAUGAAGGCGUGAAUGGAACGCGGGCAUGCCUGUGUGUAUGCUGUGUAUAUUGUAUGUGGGUGUGUGAUCGUACGCGCGCAUGCGGAUGUGUUUCGCCAAGCGAAAAAAACAAGUUUUUAUUAACAUUAAGUCUAUACGAUCUGUAUAUGUCUUGUAAAUAUAUAUAUACAUAUAUAUAUAUAUACAUAUAUAUAUACAUGCAUAAACUAUGUAUAUA